CUGGUGGAGAACCUGGUGGUGUCGUGACAGUCAUACCUUUUGUCUGGUCAGGUCAGGUUUCUGAACCCAGCUUUUUCCACUAUAUAAACGGGCACUUGAUCCAGACAGAUUAAUUUUGCUACUGCCCUGUUAAGCCGUUUUACCUCCUUGGAAUCCCUGGGGUACUCGUUGUGCUGCUCAAACAUAGCUUGGAGGGUUGGCUGCUGAGUUGGCUGCUGCCUAUGAGGAGUUGCUCUUUCAGAGCCCGUGGCUGCAGACUUCUGUAGAGGAAGAAAAUGGAAAUAUUUAAAAUAUGAUGGUGCGAGUGUGUGAGGGAGUUUCUUUGUAGUGUCAAUAUGGAGAAGGACUCGGCCCCUCCCUACCCUGGCCCCAUGAUGGACUAUGGGGGUACUGCAGUUGGCCCCCAGCCCGGGUUUCAGCCUGGUUACCAGCCAGGCCCAUACCCCCCAGGCCCUGGUCAGUACCCUCCCCCUGGUCAGUACCCUCCUCCUGGUCAGUACCCGGCAGGUCCUCCAGUCAUGGGCCAGCCCACAGUUGCUGUGACCACGGUGGUGAUUGCCCCUAACCUGGGGGAGGCCCCUGGUCAGAUGGUGUGCCCUCACUGUCAGGAGAACGUGGUCACUCGCACAGUCCCGGAGAACGGACUGCUGACCUGGCUCGUCAGUGGAGGACUCUGUAUUGUGGGGUGCUGGCCAUGCUGUCUGAUUCCGUUCUGCGUGGACUCCGUAAAGGACGUCCAUCACCACUGCCCCAAGUGCAACCGGCUCAUCCACGUCUACAAGCGCAUGUGAACCAGGGACCAGUGCCCCCUCUCUACCCUCCGCUUGGUGCCAACUGUACCAUCCAGAGACAAAAGAAGAUUUUACUAUACUAACCACCAAGCAGCCAUUUAUAUCAUAAAUAUGUUACCAUAGUUACUGCAUAUUCCAGUUCGUAUGUCUGAUUAUGUUUAUAUAAAUACAUUACAGUAAACUUCAUAUGUGUUCCAUAACCACUCCAUAAAGUAGAGGUGGAGGUGUGUGUGUGUGUGUGUGUGUGUGUGUGUGUGUGUGUGUGUGUGUGUUAUACUCCUCUCACCCUAAACCAGGGACCUAGUAAGUGCCAGAGGACAUGAAGGAAUUUAAUUUUGUUUAUCUUAAAAACCGUGAUUAGCAUUAUAAGAAAUCAAAUUUGAAUAAAUGCAAUUACCAAAUCUUAAAA